AUGUUAGCGUGUGCUUCGUUGCACAAGGUUUCGUUUUUCGGCGUUGAUGAACCUCUAUGGAUAGACGAGGUCUCAGUUCAACUUCAAGAACCCGAAUCAGUGUCAUCUAUAAAACCGGGCAGCGAUGUCGUUUUGAGAUGUCAUCUGGAUGCAUCCGGGGAGGUCCACUUUGAGUGGUUUCGGAAUACAGACCAUUUAACGAAAUCAGCCAGGCUUGAAAUUAAAAAGAAAAAGUUGCACAUAAAGUCUGUGGAGGCAUCUGACAACGGCGUUUACAGAUGUGUCGCCAAAAACGAGGCCGGAAUCCGACAUUCAACAACAAAUUUUGCAUUAAUCGUCGCCGGAAACAACACUCCAUUGAUUCAAACCGUUCCAUCCGAUAUUAUAAUAAAAAGAGGUGACACAGCCAUUAUGGAUUGCUCUUAUCAAAAUGCAGAUGUUAUUGAAUGGUACCUAAAAGAUCAAAGACUUGAAAAUAACAAUAGAUUAAGCAUUCACUCCAACGGAAGUCUUGAAAUUAACGAUGUUUCCGAAUCGGAUCAAGGUUUUUAUACUUGCGUUGGUAUUAGAAGCGAAUCUGGAGAAGUUCCGCAAAAAUACACUGCCGAACUUAAAUUGUCAUACAUCGAAUCGUUCACACCUACCUCAUUUGAACCAGCACUGCCAGAAAACUCUAGAAAAAUUGUAGGUGAAGGGUCAACUUUCCAAUUGACUUGUUUACCACCAAAAAGUUUACCACCAGCAAAAAAAUGGUGGGAGAAUCAACACAAACACACCAUUUCUGAUUCUGGUGAAAUAAGAGUGGACGACGGAAGGUUGAUUAUUGAAAAUAUCAAAUUCGAAAAUGCGGGACGUUAUAAAUGUGUUGCGGAAAAUAUUGCAGGAAAAACAGAAAAGUCAGUCGAAGUUAUUGUUACGGCCAAACCAAAAAUAACUGUUCCUCCAGAAAGUAUAACAGUUGACGAAAACGAGCAAUCAAUGUUAACUUGCGAAUUUGAAUCGGGAUCUAGAGAACACACUUUAGUUAAAUGGAGGAAAGAUGGCAAAUCUUUGAAACACGAAUACGAUGAAACCGGCCAUUCUCAUCCCAGAAUUAAGAAUUUUAAGCACAAUGGAACUUUAGUAAUAAGCAAUACUCAAGCAUCUGAUAGGGGAGAAUAUAUGUGUGAGGUAGUUACAAUGGGACAGAGACCAGUUUAUUCCAAACCGGCAACAAUAUCUGUAAUUGAACAACUUAAGUUCGUUCCCGCGCCGGUGAAUAAAAAAAUGGAAUUAGGAAGUGUUGCCAAAGUUCACUGUAAAGCUCAAGGUACGCCUCCGCCAAUAAUUCGUUGGGAAAAAGAAGGAAUCCCCGUCGAAAAUGUAUCCAACCACAUUUCAGACAUGAAUGGAACUCUUCACUUCAAUGGAGUGUUAGCUGAAGACAAAGGAAGAUACAAUUGUAUCGCUAGCAAUAGUCAGGGAAUUAUUAAUGCUUCUAUAAACAUCGACGUUGUAGUGGCUCCCAAAUUUAGCGUUUUACCAAAAACUCCUUCUGAAGCUUUCGAAGGCGAAUCGAUUCUUAUUGAUUGUAUAGUAGAAGGAGAUCCGAAACCAACAAUUCAAUGGGAUAAAAAUCUAAAAAUGAACGAUUUUGAUUUGGAGAGAUUUAAAGUUUUAGAUAAUGGCACGUUAUACAUCAGGGAAGUUCGUAAAGAAGAUGAAAAUAAAUAUGGUUGUACUGCUGGUAACAGCGCCGGACUGAAUAGAAAAGAGGUGCAAUUGAUUGUUUAUACGUUAGACAAUUCUCAUUCUGGAGAUUCAACGGUAACUAAAGCCGUUUUGAUAACUAUGUCUGUAGCAGGGGCAUAUAUAAUUUUAGUAGUUGGAUUGAUGGUGUGGUGUAGAUACAGAAGAAAAUCAAGAAAAAUUCUCUUAGAUGUUCCAAAAGCUGAAAAUGGUGAUAUCGAACAUACUGAACUCAAAGAACCAAUAAACGGCACUAGCUCCACCUCCGUAAAAAUGAAAUUAAAUGGAAUAGAAAAUCUCAAAGAUGGACAAAAAAGUGAUGGUGCUGAAACGACUAACUCCCAAUGCUCAAAUCAGUCCAAAAAGUCGAAAUCCAGUCUAUAUGACAAAUUAGCACUAUCAAGGACACACCUUAAGGAAUUAAAACUUAUUGGUCGGGGAGAAUUCGGUGACAUAUCCGUAUCCAAAAUACCAAAAAGUGCUAUUGCAAAUGAUAAACGUCAUUCAAGGAAUUCCCAAACGAAAUUUGAAUCUGAAGAUAAAGAUGUCCACGUAUUAGUAAAAGCACUGAACAAUACAAAAGACGAACAUUGUCUGACUGAAUUUAAAAGAGAAAUUGAUAUGUUCAAUAAAUUAAAUCACGAACAUAUUACAAAGUUAUUUGGAUUGUGCCGAGAAACAGAACCGCAUUAUAUGAUACUGGAACAUACUGAUUGGGGUGAUUUAAAGAAGUUUUUAAUUGCUACCCGUGGGGGUAAUCCAACACCACUAACAAUUGCUCAAAUAAUAAGUAUACUGCAUCAGAUAGGAUGCGGCAUGGAAUAUCUGGCCAAUAACAGACAAGUUCACAGGGAUUUAGCUGCAAGAAAUUGUUUAAUAUCUUCCCUUUUGGUUGCUAAAGUCGGAUUACCGAGAUUAACAAGGGAUCCAUACAGUCAGGAAUAUUGUAAACAUGUUAAUCAGAUAAUACCAUUAAGAUGGUUGCCGUAUGAAGCAGUUUAUGAAGACGAAUUUUCAACGAAAAGUGACGUUUAUGCUUUCGGUGUAUUGAUGUGGGAAAUUUUUGCUCAAGGAGAACUACCUCAAUCUAAAAUCAACGAUACUACUUUCCUGAAUAAACUAAAAGAGAAAAAAAUCGAAUGGAAACCCCAUAGUACUACACCAGAGGAAUUGGUGGUAUUACAGGAAUCUUGCUGGAGCAUUAAUCCACAAGAUAGGCCAUCGUUCACCGAAAUAAGCUCGCAAAUCGGUGAAGUACUCAACUCAUGUAAAUAGAAGGAUAAGAAGGAGUAGAUUAUAAGAAACACAAACCAAAUUUAUUAUUCAAGUAUAUUUGAUCACGAAUUUUUAAUAUGUCGUAUGCUUCCAUAUAUUUUGAGAAUGUACUGAACUGUUACACAGUUUUUUCUAACUGACUUUUAGUAUUAAGUUUAUUUAUUUUAUAAUUUUAUAAGUGUGUGAGAUGUUAAGAUUUUUUAGUCUGAUCUCAGAAAUCCUGGUUGACAUUUUUUGAAUUAUAUUUAUACAGUAUUUCAACAUUUUUAUAAGACUUUCACGGGAUAAUUUACGAUUAUAUAUAACGGUAAUGUUAAUGUCAUAUCAGUAAACA